AAAAAAAAAAACCCAAGCGAAGAAUAGCCUAGCCUAGCCUAGGUCAGCCAAGAAACCCUAAGAAAAUUUCUCAUCCCGAGAGACUCCUAAGUUUUUCCUCAGGCGAUUCCUCGCCUUCUGUUGUUCAGCUGGGACAUUAUUAUCGCUAAAAAAAAAAAAAACCAAAAAAAAAAAAAAAAAAAAAAAAAAAAAUAACCCAACGUGCUCAGCAAUGGCAGCGUCGCGUGCUCCUCUUAUCGACGGAAUCGAACGGUACUCCUAUAUUUUAUGUGCGUAAAACAAAAAAGUCAAAUCGCCCCGACAAGCAUCUUGGCGAAAGGCAUUCUGUAUAUUUGGUCUCCUCCUCUCUAUGGGGAUCUGGUGGAUUUCUCAGAUGGUGAAAUAGGGUUUCUCUUCUCUUCAUGUCUAGUGCUGGUUGUGCUCCGUUCAACUAAUCGAUUUAGGCAUGGCUGCGUGCAGUCCAUUCCAAGAGUUCUCCUCCGGAAAGCCGCUCUUCAUGGCGGUCUAUGUAACAGUCUUUGUUGGAGUCCUCUUUUCCACCCUCUUCAUCGUCUCCUCCCUCUACUCUGCGUCCAACAGCGACAACAAAAAAUCACUGUUCACCGUUGGAUCGUGGCUCUCCCCAUCGUCUUCCCUCCCUCGACCUCAGGUAGAUGUUAUCGGCCUUCAGAACCAAUCUACCAGUGUCAAUAUAUCUUCUGAUGCUACUGUAGAAAACUUCCUGACAAGAGCUAUAUGGGAUCUGCCUUCUCCAGAUUCGAAGAUUCCGGAAUUAGCGUCCUUCAGGCUCACCAGGGAGAUGGUGGGAUAUCGGGCUAAAGAUAAUGUUAUAAUUGUAACAUUUGGGAACUAUGCUUUCAUGGACUUUAUCUUAAAUUGGGUGAGGCAUCUGACAGAUCUGAAUGUCUUCAACCUUCUUGUAGGUGCAAUGGAUACCAAGCUGUUGGUUGCUUUGUAUUGGAAAGGUGUGCCUGUUUUCGACAUGGGCAGUAAUAUGAAUACAAUUGAUGUUGGUUGGGGGUCACCAACAUUUCAUAAAAUGGGAAGAGAAAAGGUUUUUUUGAUAAACGCACUUUUGCCUUUUGGCUACGAGUUGCUAGUGUGCGAUACUGAUAUGGUUUGGUUAAAGAAUCCACUUCCAUAUCUUGCCCGUUUCCCUGAAGCAGAUCUCUUGACUUCAAGUGAUCAAGUUAUACCUACCGUCACUGAUGACAGCCUAGAAGUAUGGCAACAAGGUGUGAUUUCUUGCUUAUUAACAACUGUCAGCGUAUGCCCAGGCAUUUUGACAUACUGCAGUUUCUUGUAUUUUAUAUUGCAGUAUCAUCUGUUCCUUUUUGUGUCAUUUGGACACAUUUUUGAUCCAUUAGUAUCACCUUGCACUGAUGGUUUAGUCAACAUUAUAAGUUGUAUUAGUUGUCUCCUUCGUCACCUCAAGUACCCUAGAAAUUGAGUUGUGCUGCAGAAA